CUCUGUGGGUCGGGGACUGACCCUGCUCUGUGUCCCCAGCCGACCUUCCUGGUGGAACUGUCCAGAGUGCUGGCAAAUCCCGGGAACAGCCAAGUGGCUCGAGUGGCAGCGGGGCUGCAGAUCAAGAAUUCCCUGACUUCCAAGGAUCCCGACAUCAAGGCCCAGUACCAGCAGAGAUGGCUGGCCAUCGACGCCAACGCCCGCAGGGAGGUCAAGAACUACGUGCUCCAGACCCUGGGAACGGAGACCUACCGGCCCAGCUCCGCUUCCCAGUGCGUGGCCGGGAUCGCCUGCGCCGAAAUUCCCAUGAACCAGUGGCCAGAGCUCAUCCCCCAGCUGGUGGCCAACGUCACCAACCAGCACAGCACCGAGCACAUGAAAGAGUCCACGCUGGAGGCCAUCGGCUACAUCUGCCAGGACAUCGAUCCAGAGCAGCUCCAGGACAAAUCCAACGAGAUCCUGACAGCCAUCAUCCAGGGAAUGAGGAAGGAAGAGCCCAGCAACAACGUCAAGCUGGCGGCCACGAACGCACUCCUGAACUCUUUGGAAUUCACCAAAGCAAACUUUGACAAAGAGUCUGAAAGGCACUUUAUUAUGCAAGUAGUCUGUGAAGCAACACAGUGUCCAGAUACAAGGGUACGAGUGGCUGCCUUACAGAACCUGGUGAAGAUAAUGUCCCUUUAUUAUCAGUAUAUGGAGACUUACAUGGGGCCUGCUCUGUUUGCUGUGAGUA